AUGCCCAAGAAAGCCAACAUUCUGUGCUGUGGUGGACUCCAACUACUGAACCCGCCCGCAUCGCAUGCCAACAUCUCCCGUACACAGACAGUCUUCAACAACAGAUUCUAUGCCACAGUCCAUGGUAUCCCAAAUAGUGAUAUAACCUGGCCGGCGACCACAUCCUUCACCCCCUACGACCUAUUCAAGCAAGACCGCGGAGCUCCGUAUUCAAAACACCGUUUCUACGAUUUCGUGAAGAUCUACCACCCCGAUCGGCCAUGUAACGGCCAUCCGCUGUGCAAAGGCAUCUCCCAAGAAGUAAGACUCCAAAGGUAUCAUUUAGUGGUGGAAGCCCACGAGAUUCUUUCGGAUCCGUCUAAGCGGGCCGCAUACGAUCAGUUCGGCCUCGGAUGGAGUCUACAUCCACCUCGACCGAUGGGCUCGUGGUCAAGACCAGGCUAUGAUGGAGCCGGGCCUAUAUUCGCCAAUGCGACAUGGGAGGACUGGGAGCGGUGGCAUAAUCGACAUCAGCCCAAGCAGCGGCAUGUUGUUGACCAUCGGACUUUUGCCAAGGCCAUCAUUCUUCUUACCCUGUUUGGAGGCGCCGUGCAGGCAUCAUGGAUUACCCAGAUCAAUACUGGAUAUGAGGAGCGACUCCGGGCGGUUAAUGAGAAAUCAGCCCGGUUUCUAACGGGGCGCCAGCAGAAUACGACUAACCAGGGUGGUUCGUCUGAGGCGAAGAUGCAGCACUUCCUCAUACGCAGGGAUCCUACGGGGUCUGGGUUGAAGGAAGAGGAGCAACCGGUUUAUCAAGGUGUUCUGCAUUCCAGG